AUGAGACCACCGGAUUCGCUGAUCAACACAGCUCGAGAGAACACAAUAAUAUUCAACCAAACCAAAAAGGAAUACUUCACGUUGUCUGCUAAUUUUAAGGAGCUGUCGAAGCGCUUCAAAACGUUUUGGAAAUUUAUAGUAAAUAAAGAUGAAAUCACUCUUGAUCGGUUAAAUAUGGCUAACAUCUUUGUGAUUGCCGGUCCUACUGAAAAAUUCAGCGCAGCCGAGUUUUCGGUGAUGAAACAGUACAUAGAGAACGGUGGUUCAAUUCUGGUAUUAAUGGGCGAAAAUGGCGAAUGUAAAUACCCAACCAAUAUAAAUUUUCUACUGGAGCAAUAUGGAAUCAUGGUCAACAGCGAUGCAGUCGUCCGCACGUCCUACUUCAAAUAUUUCCAUCCUAAAGAAGCACUGAUUCCAAAUGGAAUACUAAAUCGGUACCCUGGACUGCUUUUGUUUUCCAAAUAUACGUGUUUCUUCAGGGCGAUGGCCGAGGCUGCAAACAGGUCAAUCACAAACACUGCUAUUGAGGAUGUACCACACAAGAUGGCAAUGCAGUUUGUUUAUCCUUAUGGAUCCACACUGAAUGUCGCCAAACCAGCCAUUGCUCUACUUUCUACGGGAAGCGUUGCAUUUCCACUUAAUAGACCUGUUUGUGCUGUUUAUAAGGUCGAGGGUAAUGGUGGUGGAGCACUUGCGGUCGUUGGUAGCGCGGCUAUGUUUUCUGAUGCUUAUGUCACAAAAGAAGAUAACCUAAAAAUUCUCGAGAUCCUGCUGAGCUACCUUUCAAAUGACGCCAUAAAGCUGAAUAUUAUCGAUGCCGAAGACCCCGAAAUCGAGCCCUACCAUCAAGUUCCAGAUAUCACAAGCCUGGCAAACAAUUUAAAAUCAUGUCUUCAAGAAAGUGAUGAACUUCCUCAAAAUUUUGCGGAACUUUUCAACCAAGGACUGUUCAAUAUGAACUUGAGCCUUGUUCCUAAGGCUCUUGAAGCAUAUGAAAAGCUACGUGUGAAACAUGAACCAUUAAGCCUGAUAACCCCACAGUUUGAGACACCACUGCCACCUGUUCAACCCGCGGUAUUUCCACCGAACUUUCGUGAACCUGGUCCUCCACCACUAGAACUAUUUGACCUGGAUGAGCAAUUCUCAACUUCCAAGGCCCGCUUAGCCCAAGUAACCAACAAAUGCACUGAAGACGAUUUAGAGUAUUUUGUCCGCGAAUGUGGUGACAUACUGGCAGUAUCAAGGAAAAUCCCCAGCGAGAAACGCUGUGCACGUGUUAUCCUAGAAGUCAUUUUCAACGAACUAGUGGAAUUCAAGAAGCUCAGUCAAGAACAAGAAGAAGCCUGUACUGCCUGGUAAACGCCUGUUCGGAUACAAUGAUUAAAUUCAACAUUCCGACGACCACCAUUGCAUAUCCA